CCCCAAUUCAACACCCUCCACGAGUGUUACCAUCUGAGCGGAACACGCUGCUCCACCUGCGCAGCAAGCCUGCCACUAUGGUUCUCUCGUUCAUUCUGAUUCAGAACCGCCAGGGGAAGACGAGAUUGGCCAAGUGGUAUGCGCCGUAUAGCGAUGAAGAGAAAAUCAAGCUCAAGGGCGAGGUCCACCGCCUCAUUGCGCCUCGCGAUCAGAAACACCAGUCCAACUUCGUCGAAUUCCGCAACAUGUCCAAGAUAAUAUAUCGACGUUACGCCGGGCUAUUCUUCUGCGCAUGCGUUGACACAAACGAUAACGAGUUGGCAUAUCUGGAGGCUAUACAUUUCUUUGUGGAAGUGCUCGAUGCCUUUUUCGGCAACGUCUGCGAGCUGGAUCUGGUCUUCAACUUCUACAAGGUCUACGCAAUCCUCGAUGAAGUGUUCUUGGCCGGCGAGAUCGAAGAAACGAGUAAAACGGUGGUGCUGACACGACUCGCACAUCUUGAUAAGUUGGAGUAGGAGCUGGGUUAGCUCAUAUCUACUACAGACGGGAUCAUGGUAUCAGAUGGUAUGCAUUUGGAAAACACUGGCGCAUAACAGGGACGAGAGAACUCGAAGAGGUCGAAGUUCUGGAGGAGCAAACUAUCAGGUUCCGCGCGGAUUGCGAGGCACCCGUGCUCCGCGGAGGAACGCAGUGAAUGCGGAAGGGGUAGCUAUGCUACAAUCUCAGGUACCCAUUUAGAUGUCGAAGGAGGCUUUAUCGAGCACGAAGCUUUUAGAGGAUUGAUUAAUUAAUUCAAUCCAAUGCUACCUUCCAUGACCCAUGGGGGAUGCCACAAGAAACUGGAC